AGAAAAAAGUAAAAUGAUAUAUAGUUUUUGACGCCAAUUUUAAAAAAUUUACAAUUAGAAACAUUGGUUUCGAUAAUACAAUUCUUCAAGAAUAUAAAAAGUGCCAAUCGGCUGUUGUGUGACUUCCGAAAAUUGUAGAAAUUAAGGUCUGCGAAAAUUACUUUGCAGUUGUUAAAUAGCUUUACAGAAUGAUAAAAACUACAUUUUCACAAAGUUUCAAUUUUUCAUUCUCAAAAUAUGUUUGGCAAAAUAUAGGCGCCUCUUGCAUUUUAGAUCUAAAACAAGUUUAAUGUUUAUAUUAAUUUAUUUCAUUUUAUACUAUUGUAGGUAUAUUUAUAACAAAAUAAUAUAUUGAUUUCUUGAUCAAAGCAAUGAAUCCGCUCGUCUGAUUGAAAUCGAUUUCGAUAGAAAUCUUCUUCGUUUAAAUUUUUCAUCCGUUCGCGCUCUAAUAUCUAAUCGAGAGUUGUAGUUGAUUCGAUAAUCGAUUUGUACAAAACAUUCAGCUUUUGAACCGAUUCAGUGCUAUAAAAAGGACGUUCAAGUGUAUUUCGGCAAUGACUUCUUUCUUCGGCUAAAUUAACAAGAAUAUGGUUCACGAUAUUGUUUCGCAAACACAAAACGGUGUUUUAAAAACGAAACGCGUCUAAGAAGAUUGCUAUUAUUUUGAGAAAGUAAAGGGUUAGACCGAAGAUUUUCAAGACUUUUGUUGAUGAAAUUUUGAAUCGAAGAUGAGCUGCGAUUUGCUACCAGAAUGGCUGAAUCUUUUCUUGGACGACGUAGAAACUACUUUAUGUUUACCGAUAUUGAUCAUCAUGGUUCUUUGUACCGUUCAAUUUAUAAUUAAUCACGCUAUGGAUAUUGGACUCACCUUUUAUCAAAAUGUAAUGCAGAAGUCGGAUGAAGACGCAGGGGAAGCUGGAAAAGAAAAGGGCGAAGAUUUAAUGAGCAAGAUCAGAGGGUUUUUAUGCGACAUUUCUUGCGGCUUUAAUAAUUCUGAUUCGAAACCGGAUGAUUACCCAGCAGCAUCGUUGUUUAGGUCAAACUCACAAGAAGAGGAAUGGGAUUAUUGCGAGGAAGACGACGAAGAUAAGUGACAAAUAUGCAUCGCAGGAAAAAUUACGAGCUUAAUCGAUAAGUGCUACAGUAAAACUUUUAUAAGCAUGCAUCCCAAAAACGUUGAUUUCGAAGUGGUACUAUAUUAAACUCAAUAAACGGUAUAUGAAAACUAAUACGAUGAAAUUAAUAAUAAAGAGGAAACGAGAAUGGAUCAGAAUUACAGAAAGUAAUUUUUAUUACUUGUUCCUAACUUUACUUUGGAUUACUUGUUUUUAAUUUAGAGAUUCUAUAAUUUUAUAAAAAAUAAAACUUCUCAGUUACAUGUAAACGAAGAAACGUGAUAUUUUUUUUAUACUGUGUAGAAAUGCUUACUGUUUUCUUUAUUAACAUUUUAUUACGUCGAAUUAUCGAUAGCCUGUCAGUUCAAGGGUUCAAAACUACAAAAAACCAAGUCCAAGUUGUGAUUGUUCGAUACUUUUACUUUGUCUCUCUUUAAUGAAAAUUUAGUGAAUGUCAAGAAAGAAACACGCGUACAAACAGCGUAUUUGAACACUCGUUGAGCCUCGAUCCAGCUUGUCGAUCUAGGGAUAUAUCUCUCAGCAUAGCGAUUCGCACGGAAAAAAUUUAUCUGCAAGACUGGGUUUGGUUCAGUACGAUACCGAUGAUGUACCUUUGAAACAUUUCAUUCUCUUUUUCUCAUUUUCCAUGAUAAAUUUCACCGUUCAACCACUCACUUAUAUGAUAGUUUUAUUCGUACACUUGCUUAUUCGACUUUGUAUUAAAAUUAAGCGGUGUUCGAAGUUCGAUUAAAAUGAGUCUCUUAAAAGUUAUACUAGGACAGACUGUCUCGUAACUGAGCACGUCUUUUUUUCUAUAUUUUAUAUUCAUUUGUCUUUUUGUAACAAUAUUAAUUGAACCGCCUGUCAGGCAUAUUUUUAAGGCUGUGUCUUUCUUUCGUUUUUCGCAUUACCUCUUUCUCCUACGUCUUCUAAAGGAUAAAUAAAAUAUUGUAACAAAUAUAAAAUUAUCAAAUGCCUGUCGAAAUUAUAUAUAUUAUUCAAUUAAUUAUACAACUAUUUAUUGAUGAAUAAUUAGUUAACUUUUGUUAAAUUUCAGUUUUUUCGUACGAAUAAUUUAUUUUCGAUUGUCUUACACGUGGUUAUUUAGGAAAGAAAAGAAAUGUUCUUUGGGAGAAAGAGACGAUGCAGCGGCGUAUGUACAUUUCGAUAAUUCACACAACUUGUACGAAGAAAAUCCGCCCGUCUCGAGUAACCUAGCAACGAUAAUGAUAAGAAGAAGAAUAUCAGCAGCGAUAAGAAUAUUAAAUAGUAUUAUAGUAACGGUAGUUAUAAUGUAAAUGGUAGAAAUCUAGUGUCUUUCGUGAUGGCGAAUAACCCUAAAAAAACCUCAGAAUUCGCGGAUUUUCGUUUCAGACACCUUCGUUGUUCGAAGAUCGUGUCUUGGAGCCUGUAAAUCCGUACGCCAGCAUUUCACUCAUGUUUCUAAGAUUUUUCUCUAAAAAAUGUUCUCACUUUAUGCUCUUCGUACUCUUUUUCUUUUCUCACAAAAUACGAUGAAACGGUAUAAUUAUAAUCAUUUACGAAUGUCCUGUCUCUCCAAUCAGUUUUAUUUCUCUAGAUCACACAGGAGAAACAUACAUAUUCCUAGAUACAUAAUUCUUUCCUAAUUUUAAAUUGCCCCUUGCCUGCCUCAUUGAUCAACAUUGCCCAUGCAUCUACAUAAUAUCCAAAAUAAUUCCACUUUCAUUUAAUUUCCACCAGAAACCUAAUUACCUUUUUCCCGGCACAAUCGAAACACAGAACACUUCAUCCAACUUAGAUUUUUUUUUUCACAAAAUCACCCAUGAUUGCAGCGUCACAUGAAAACGUUCUCCAGCCCGGAAAUAUUCUUCCUGGUGGGCGUGGAGGUGGCACAGUU